AUGCUCGCCAGCGCGUCCCGGCGCACCUCUUACGGUGUCGUCAGCUUUCUGCUCUUGCUCUUCUUCACAGCCCUGGUCAUUCAGUAUAGGGAUAUAUCUCGUUCUUCCCUAGAAUCUAUGCUACACACCGCACAACCCACCGGAGCCGAGACCAAGACAACCGAAAAGCCCACAGAAUCACCCUCAAGUAGUUCCCAGGCCGGUCCGGGGGCGCGACCACACGUAACAAGCCUAGGCAGAAUCUCCCGAUUGCAUUAUCUCGUCCCGACGACGUUGGUAAAGCCGCCCGUGUGCGCCGUCGUGGCCUCAGCCCUCGUCAACCGCUUUCCGAUUCCAGUGCUUGUCGGCUACAAGGCCACGGGCGAGUUUGACGCCAAGGCGGCUCACAUUGCAAAGCUGCGGGCCAUUACUCGCUAUCUUCAUGGCCCCGCCGCCGGCGAGGAUGAUGAUCUUGUCAUUGUUGUCGACGGCUUCGACGUCCUCGCCCAGAUCCCCGCAGAGGCCCUGAUCCAGCGUUACUUUGAAGUCGCCGCCGCCGCCGAUCAGAGAUUAGCCGAUCAGCGCGGCCUUACCGUCGAGGAGGUGCACUCCAAGGGCCUGCGCCAGACGGUACUCUGGGGCACCGACAAGGGGUGCUUCCCCAGUAGCGGCAACGGCGACGAGAAGCAGCGUGACCCGCGCUGCUGGCUCGUCCCCUUUUCCACCUUACCCCGCUACGUCUGGGGCCCUGAAACGGGCACCGGCGGCCUGCCGUUCAGCGACUCGCGCUUCGUCAACUCAGGCACCGUUAUCGGGCCGCUGGGCGACCUGCGAACCCUGAUCGACGCGACGCUGGCGCUCAUCGAGGAGAUGUUCGACCCGGAGUACAAGUACCACAACUCGGACCAGUACUACGUCUCGACGCUCUACGCGCGGCAGGAGUACCAGCGCGCCCUCGACCUCAACGAUGGCGUCUUCCCCGGGGGGCGCGACGACUACACGUUUCCCGAGCCGCGGCGCGACGGCCACGACGUGACCGAGUACCACGCCUUCCUCGACACAGACUACGCCAUCACGCAGACGCAAUGCCACAACGAAAAGUUCAUGCGCCGCCUUCGCUUCGCUAACCACGAUCGCACCGCCACGGUCGAGAAGGCCGCCGGGGUCCUCGAUGCCGGCUACACCAUCCAGAUGCCGGCGCCGCUCUACCGCGGCCUGCGCCGCCUCUUCGAUGCGCUCCUCGAUGACGAGCGGCCCGUCGACUCGGCCCGCGCCUGGAUCGCUGGCCUCCGCCUCGGCACGAACACGGCCACGCGCCACAUCUACGCCUUCUACCACAACACUUGCAGCAAGAAGGCCUUUGUCGACAAGUACUACGACUCGUGGUUCUUCCCCGUCCUGCGGCCCCUGCUACGCGCCGCUGUCCGCGCCAUCCGGGCUGACGAGCCCAUACACCCGCGGCCUAUUGAUGGGCGGAUCUGGGUUGUCGCGCACCGGUACCCGGAGAACGUGGAGCUCGAGGAUGAGUUUGGUGGCGUUUUUACGGAUGCCGUUGACGAGCCGUUUAUCCCGUUGCAGAAGCUGUGCAGUGGCGAGGCGGCGCCGGUCAUUGGGACGAAGAAGCCAGUGAAGAAGCCUGAGAAGGAGGCGGCCAAGCUGGAGGCCAAACCUGACAUCAAGCCGGAGCUUAAGCCAGAAUUGAAGCCGCAAGACAAGCCAGAAAGCAAGCCCGAGGAGAAGCCACAAGUCACGCCAGAGCAGAAGCCAGAAACGAAACAGGAAGAAAAACCGGUGGAGAAGCCACAGGGGAAGCCAGAGGAUGAUUCUGCAGGGAAACCUGAUGAUAAGCAGGAAAAGCCCAAGGAGAAACCAGAGGAGCAGCCCAAAGAAAUGCCAGAAGGCAAGCCGGAAGAAAGGCCAGCAGAGAAGCCCAGGGAAGCUAGAGAACAAGCCUAA